AUGCCUAACUUUCCAUGGACCAAGUCGAACCGGUCGCACCAAUCUGUCGACAAUUCCUCGUCAGGGCAGCAUUCGCCUGCGCCAUCUGGUAAGGAACCUUUUGGCCGGCCAAUCGUCGCCCCGGCUGACAGUCAAGCGCUGUCAGUGAACGAACAGGUCGCAAGCCAGCAGCGAUACCAAAAUCCAGACGGCAGCCAGCCAGCACCUGUGCAGAUUCAGCAGCCACCUGUGCAACCACCGCAGCCUCAAUAUAGGGAGCAGCAGUUUCCCCAGCGCACCACGAGCCACAGGCUGAGCGCCCAUCUCUCCCUGGGCCAGUCGUCGUCGCCGUCAUCGCCGCCGCCGGCGGUGCAGAACUACCAGCAACAAGCUGGGCCUCCGCCCGCAUCUGCUCUCGAGUCGCCUCACCGCGGCGCCUAUCAAGCCCAGCCCUCGUCCGCGGCAUACGUGCCCGAGCCCAAGAAGCAGUCGCUGCGCAGUCGCAUUGCAGCCGGAGUCAAGGGCCACAAGGACCAGGAGGCCAAAGCACAGAAGAACGGCCUGGGUAGACGCCAAUCCGUCCGGAAGAGUGACCCCCGCGUGCAGGAGUACCAAGCGCAGGAAGACAGUCGUGUGCAGCAGUGGCAUCAGCACCACCAAGGCUCGACGUCCCACCUGCCCGCCUCCAACGAGCAGGACGAGGACAACCUCGACCCCUUCCUCCAGAAAGACGACAACGAGACGCCCCAGGUGCCGCCCAAAGACGUCCAAUACCAGCAGAAGCUGCAGCAGCCUCAACAACAACUUGUGCCGCCGCCGCACCAGGAACAGUACAAUCGGCCCCCACUUGGCAGGGUAAGCACCGAGGGCAGCUAUUCGACCCAAGGCGGGGUAGAUCAAUACAGCUCUGAGCAGCAACAACAGCAACAGCAGCAACAGCAACAUCAACAGCACCCACAACACCAACAACACCACCACCACCACCACCACCAGCAACACCAGCAACACCAAUACCAAACCUACCAGCCUGCCGCUCCACCCCCACCCCCACAGCCCGCGACCGACUACCAGGCCUUCAACCCGCAAAACGUGCCAAGCCCCCUCCUCCAGAACGCUCAGCCGCAUGGCCAAGGUGGACAGGUACCACAGGACAUCCCGCAAACUUACCACCUGUACCAGCAGUCGCUAGAAAGUGCCCAACAAAUUACUCUUUACCCACAGCAACAGCAGUUUGCGCAGCAGCUUCAGCCGCACCAAGACCCACAGCAACAGCCUCAAUCUGUGCGACCAGCCUCGCAGCAUCCCCAGAUUGCGCAAGAGGCCCAGAAGAUCGAGUCGCAACAACGCCAGGCUCCUCCGUCCCACCAGCUGGCCCCGCCGUCUCCCCUCCAGCCGCCGUCCUACCAGACAUACGACGCCCAGCACACGCAACCCUCCGAUCUCCCACCGACAAACAUAACACCCCCACACCAGUCGCAGGACAACAUGGCUCCCAGUGCUCAGAGUAAUGCGAGGAACACGCUAAGAAAAGUGGUCGACGGCGGCAGCCAACCGCAGCCAGGGCAACCGUCCAGAGAGUCAUCCCUACUUUCACAGCCUCCCGCUCAAGGUCAGCCACUCAAUCAGCCGCCUGUCUCGCCGGGCCUCGCAACAUUCGACGCUAACGUCGUACCAACAGCUUCACAGGGGCAGCCAUAUCGCGGCGAGAAGCAGAGCCAACAGGUUUCAGAAAUGGGACGGGCAACGCCUCCGCCAAGAACCUCCGUCGCCGAUAUGACAGAGGAAGAUGUCGAGAAGCUGCAAAAGGAGCACGAUGUUCUGCGCGAAAAGUACCAAAAGGUCAAGCGAUAUUUCUUCGAGCAACAGUCACAGGUUCAUCAGCUGCAAAACACCCUCGCAAAUCAGCGCUUGUCGCUCUCCCGCACAUCUUGGGACGACAGCGAAUACGCAACGCGCUUCAAUCGACUGGAUGGAUUGAUCGCACAGCUAUCCUUCUCGAUCCGCAAGGAUUGGAAAACCAUACCGCAGUGGUUGCAUGUCGUGGUCAACAAAACUGCCGUCGAGACAGGCAAGCAGGAGAUGACGGCUGUCGGCCGUGCCUUCAUCUCGCAUUGGUUGGUAGAAAACAUAUUCGACAAGUACUUCCAUCCGGACCUAGAGCCGGGCUUUUCAACACAGCUGCAAUCGAUCGUUUCGAAUAUCCGCAAGUUCUCGCCGCCUUGCCACAGCACCGAAGACGAAGACACACUUGCCGCGAAAAUCAUCAACUGGCGGCUGGCGACACUGGAAGGUCUGGCAGAUGUGUUGAGAGCACCACAAGCCACUUCCAAUCGCGAAACGCUGACUGAAACACUCAAUGAGAAACUCAUCGCAUCUCUCCAGAUGCACUUGAACGACCCUGCGCCGGCAGACCUCAACGGAGGCGUACCUAUGAUCAUCGAAUUGGCCAUCAGCAUUGCUCAGCAUCUACCGCUUGAGAGCCGCGAAGUACAUAUUGAAUACUUCCCUCCGGGUCACGGCAUCGUCGCCGACUUUAUGAAGCUGGAAUCCGGCAUCCCCGCAUUAACAGCACCCAUUAUGGAGUUGGAUGACGCGGAUAGAGCUUCGAUCAGAAGCAUGGCAUCUAGACCUGACGACAACAUGUCCAUUAUCGAACAAGAGCAAGCACAGCUACAAGGAGGCCAGCCGCAAAAAGAAGAUAAGAAGCGCGGUAUGUUCGGAUUUGGUGCAUCAAAGAAGGCGACGGCUUCUCCUGCUACCCUGGGCAAGCGAGAAUCGUCUCUCGGUCAAGGUGGCAGCCAGCAAAGUCUUACGCAACAUCCACCGGGCAGCUCUGGGGGACCAAAAGAUGAGUCUCCACCACCACGCGUGCGCAUGGCCGUCGGUGUCGCGGAUCUGAGAAGCUCAAGGAUCGCCUGGUCGCCUCCUACUACACCGCCAUUAGCGACCUCGAUCUUGAGCCGUUCACUCAAUUCAACACCUCCCCGCCGAUCGUCGCGGACACCACGCCCCUGCUCGAACCGCGUCCUGCUAUCCGAUCAUGACACGACACGCGUAUACGAUCUUCGAGACGAGAGGUGGAACGCUGUCAUUAGCAAUGGCUCAGGCGGCAUGGGCAAGAAUGUACACGCCGAGUUUGGCGCCAAUGAGGAUGAAGUACUUGUCUGGAGUGACUUCGCCGCAUCCGUCAAGAUAUGGUGUCUGAAAACUGGGAGAGCCGUGGAGAUACGUGACCCCAAAUUUCUGGGUAAAGACGGCAAGGGGUGGGGAUAUCGCCCUUCUGAGGAUACAGAGGCAGGCGCGGCAAGGAGAAGAGGUGGUGUUUUGGCCCUACUAUGUCGCGCAGCAGCCGCUGAUAUUCUACUUCUUUUGGCGCCGGGUACAUACAAGCUUCUCAAUCGUGUAGAGUUGACAACUUCAGACGCAGCAGGCCUCAGAUGGAGUCGUGACGGCCGCUGGUUGGCCGUCUGGGACACGGCCUCUGCUGGUUAUAAACUGCACGUCUACACUGCCGACGGACAUUUGUAUCGCACCAUAACCCGCGAACCCUCGGACGACGUUAGCGAGUGGCAUGUUGAGGGCCUGGGUAUCAAGACACUCGAAUGGUUACCCGGGAAUCAACGUCUGGCAGUUGGUGGGUGGGACCGUCGCGUUCGCAUCCUCUCUACACGUACCUUCGCACCCAUCGUCUUCCUCGACCACACACCCGUCAUCGACGUACCUAGUGCGCCGGUAUACAGCGAACAUGUCGAUGGCCAAGGCAACCGCAGCUAUACGACCACUCAGCAGCCUGUGACCCCUCCGAAAGCUGCCUUGGAUAAGAGUGAAACAGGGCUCAUGAAGCAAGGCAUCGGCAUGUUGACUUUCAACGCAGAUGGCACGUUGUGUGCAACACGCGACGACAGCACACCGUGCACCGCGUGGAUAUGGGAUCUAACAAGUCUCCGACCGCGUUGUGUAUUAAUCCAAUACAGCCCUAUUAAGAACCUGCUCUGGCACCCUACCGACCCGCAUCGUCUAAUCAUACAAACUACUCAAGACGAACCCACCGUAUACCUAUAUACAGCCGCAUCAUCCCACAUACCCCCGUCUUCUACCUCGUCUUCCUCAACGGCUCUCGCAUCUACGCAUUUCCCACAUCCACCCGCCAUGAUAACCAUGUCCCCACAAAUCACCAAACCAGCUGGUUCAUUGCCACCCCGCUGGACAAUAUCCUGGCUCUUCACCCCACCAGACAAGAAACCAGCGUUCAUCUUUGCCCAUCAACAAGCACACGUACUGGUGUGGCCGGAGGGCAAAGACAAGAUUCUGCGCUUUGAGCAUGAUGAUGAGGAUGAGCAAGGGGAUUCGGAUGAUAGUCUAUUCGAUAUUCUUACAGGGCGGACACCGAUACCUGAGCUGAGUGUGAGUAAAAUCGAGGCUGAGGCGGACGAGGACAUGGAGGGGGAACAAGUAGAAGAGGAUGGACUUGGGUAUGGAGAUAGUGUUGGGACAGUGCAGGGGUUGGAUGAUACGUUUAGAGGGAAGAGGAGGCAGGAGUAUACGAAUGAUGGGGAGGAAGUGGAAGGCAGGGACCAGAGUCUUUACGAAGAAGGAGUGUUGGGCGAGAGUGGUAUGAGUGAGAUGUUUUGA